GUUUCUCGGCUUCAAAUAUUUAAAACAAAGCCAUAAAAUUUAUUAGCUGAUUUAGGGAGGAACACAAUGAUGAAUGCAAUGAAGGAAUUCGAAGAGGAUGAGCGUGAAGAAAGAAAAGAAGACGAAGGAGGGAUGUUGAACACAGAAGAGGGUGGCGAUGAGAGUGAUUGUUGUUUGGCAGAGACAUUCCCCUGCAUGAGAUUGCACAAGCGAGGUUCAGCCAAACGAGGGUUCUCCUGGGAGAAGUAUGACCAAUGGAGGCAAAAGCAAAGGCACAGAGCUGCAAGGCUAGGAAAGCAGCUCAAGGCAAGGUGGGAACUCGAGGAGCUAAUCGAAGAACAACUGAAGAGCUUUUAUGUCCACUACCACAGCGCCAUGGUCCCAACCCAACUCAAGGACAUCCCGCAACUCCUCAUGCCCAAAUGGGCUCUUCCAUAUGAGCUGGCUGCCAUGUCUUGGCUCGGAGAUUGGCGGCCCUCUGCCAUUUUAGAACUCGUGCUUGGCCUAGUUCGCUCCUCAGCAUCAUCAGAAUUGUCAUCAUCGUUGUUGUCCUCCUCCUAUGCUGAUUCUCCCGGUGCUGAGCAGCUCUUGUUGCAGCUCAUUCACGAGAUUCGUAUUGAAGAGAAGGUACUUGAUGGGGAGAUGGCAGAGAUUCAAGCCACAUGCAUUCUUCACCUUCCAUUUGGCCCCAUGAACAUUAAAUCGAGCGAAUAUGCCUUGGCAUGUGUACAGUCUGUGUUCAAGACAAUUGAACGGGUGAUCACAAAAGCACAACAUCUCAGGUUCAAGGCAUUGGAGUUGGUAUUAAAGAAGGUGUUUAGCCCCAUCGAUGCAGCAGAGUUCUUAGUAGCGUUCGAGGAAAUUCAAGAUUCAAUUCACCAAUUCGCGGUGGACCAGACAGUACAAAAGGGUCCAGCCAUGGUACCUCUCAGGACCUUGGGGUCAAGUUGACAGAGCAAAGGCAUUCUGGGAUUUCACCAUGGAAUCGGAAUGUUUUCGAGAGAAGAUGAGAGAACCAUCUUUUCCAAUGUCAACCUUUUCACUCGGUCUCUUUUGUUCGUUGCAUCAUGUAACUCACUUAUAUAUUGUCUGGUGGAGCAACAUUGUGUUGUCCAAUUGUUCUGUCAAAGGAAUUUGUAACAGAUUUUACUUGAAAGAAAUCUGUUGGCAUGUAGCUGAGU